AGUACAAAUCGCAACUUCAUCGAGUCCGUCCAUCGUGAGAAACUGGCGGGAGGAAGUGCCUUCGUUUCCUUGCUGCACUUUGGCACGAUGAUUGCGCAUGCGUAUUACAAAACGUUAAUACGUCACAGGAUCGACGCACUGUUGCGCAUGCACUCUCGCGCGUUUUUCUUAUUUCCUGUGUUGUACGUUUUUAAUUUGGCACGUUAAGAACGUUAUAGUAGUUAUUCCGGCUUUAAUGUAGUUAAUUGGUUACUGUUGAAAAAUAGAUUUGACAUUAGUUUUAAACUCAACGUCUCUUCUGUUUAAUUUGAGGUACGUUAGCUACGAAAGCUUGCUUUGAUUUUACCGGAGAAAAUGAUUUGGCGCUGCAUCAUUUGUUAUGUGUUUGUGGCUCUUACUCUCAAAUCUUUAUUGAGCCACAUCAAUUUUGCACAUAGUCGUAGUCCAGAUUUCCGUCUGGUUUGUGGAAUAGAUGGGUGCACUAAAGAGUACCGAGUCUACAACUCUUUUUGGUAUUACAUCAGACGAACACACUCACAAUAUCUAGACGGCGUGAGUAGCAGCAGAUCACAUCGGAGAGAGAGAUCAGCACAACACGAGGCAUCCGGUGAACCUAGAAUAACGGACAGCAACAACUUGUGGACAUAUAGUGGACGAACGCUGGUGGCUCAGGAAACUCGGAACUCAAGUGACAGUCCGGAUAAUGAAAAGACACUGGAAAAUAGUGUGGAUUUGCAAACCUCUCUUCUUGUUCCUGUGGAACAUUUUGGUGAUUUUGAUGCUUUUGUCACUGGUGAAACAGUUUUCUCUGGCUUAAGGAGUAACACCGUUUUGCGGUCUCAUCCGAACCUGGAAGCACAGGAUGUACUACUAAAUGAAACUUCAGAUUCGAAUCCCACUCUACCUAUUCCAAACAGGCCUUCAGAUGACUCAAGUUCCUCAUGCCUCCACCAAGAAACCCCGAAUGACGAAUUAUCAAGCGAUGAUGUGCUAUCCAGACAUGCCACUGCUAUUGUGAUGACUGCUAGAGAGAAACAUCAUCUCUCACAGAAUGGUGUGAAUGAUGUUGUGGCUGAGGUUCAGGAGUAUCAAGCUCAGUUACUGAACAGCUUGAGGAGUCAGCUAAAAAACAGUAUUCAGCAGACAUGCAGGAAGUGA